CCGACCCUGAAGGUCAACAGAACUCAACAAAGCACGUCUCCCAGCAGAGAAAGAGCACAAGUCGUGACUAGAGCUGCUUGUCUGGCAGACAGCAGACACUGAGUGACAGAUAUGGGGACCACUGCAGUGAAGUCCUGUGCUGGGCUUCUACUCUUCGUCUUGCUUUAUCAGAGCUCUCUAGCAGUGGAAAGGCAUUACUACAUCGCGGCUGUUUUAACCGAAUGGAACUAUACAAUCAGUAAAGAUCAGAGGUCUGAUUCUACUUACAAGAAGGUAGUUUUCAGAGAAUACAACGCUGGGUUUAAACAGGCUAAGGAUAUUCUACCAUGGGCGGGACUGCUUGGGCCAACACUGCGUGCAGAAGUUGGGGAUGUUAUGAAGGUCACCUUCAAGAAUAUGGCUGAUCGACACUAUAGCAUUCAACCAAAUGGCAUUGCUUAUGGGAAACAGUCUGAGGGGACCUUGUACUUUGACAACACCUCCCAGUUUGAGAAGAAGGAUGAUGCAGUCCAUCCCGGCACAGAACACGAGUAUAUCUGGGAGAUAACCGAAGACACUGGCCCGACUCUGGCUGAUCCGUCCUGUCUCACCUACACAUACUAUUCUCAUGUAAACGUAGUGAAGGACUUCAAUUCGGGAUUAAUUGGAGCAUUGCUCAUUUGCAGGAAAGGAAGCCUGGAUGACGAUGGCAAACAGAAGCUUUUCAACCAGGAGUUUGUGCUGCUCUUUGGUAUUUUUGAUGAAAAUAAAAGCUGGUACAAAGAAAAGGGGAGUGAAUCUCAAGCACAGCCCCUGUACUCAAUUAACGGUUAUGUCAACGGAUCACUGCCAGAGCUCAGCAUCUGUGCGUAUGACCCAGUGAGCUGGCACUUGAUUGGAAUGAGCUCUGAGCCUGAGCUCUUCUCCAUUCACUUCAAUGGGCAGGUCUUGGAGCACUCCGGCCACAAGAUGUCUGCUGUCAGUCUCAUUACAGCUUCCAGCACCACUGCCAACAUGACCGCAAAUCACCUAGGAACCUGGCUGAUGUCUUCCCAGCUCCCCAGGCACUUAGAAGCUGGCAUGCAUGGAUACAUGAAAGUUCAAGUUUGUGAAGGAAUAGAAGAGGUAAAGCGGAAAAUUACUAUUAAAGAAAGAAAAAUGAGCCAAGUGUGGACUUACUGGAUUGCGGCGGAAGAAACAACCUGGGACUAUGCUCCAGCAAUGCCAACGUACAUUGACAGAGAAUAUAAAGAUAUAUAUUUAGAGAAAGGGCAAAAUCGCAUUGGGAGAAAGUAUAAAAAGGUGGUUUACGUCCAUUACACUGAUGGAAGCUUCACUACAAAGGUGGAAGGGAGAAAACGUGAAACUGGAAUAUUAGGGCCUGUUAUCAGGGCUCAAAUUAGAGACGUAGUAAAGGUCGUUUUCAAGAACAUGGCCACAAGACCAUACAGUAUUUAUCCACAGGGCCUUUCAAUCAGCAAGAAUGAAGAAGGAGCAAACUACCCAAAAGAUGGCAGAGUUAAUCAGGAACAUGAGGUGAAACCAGGGGAGACACACACAUAUACGUGGAUAAUCACAGAGGAGGAUGAACCAACUGAAAAUGACCCCCGGUGCUUGACCAGAAUAUAUCACAGUGCUGUUGACAUGACAAGAGACAUUGCCUCUGGACUCAUCGGACCGCUUCUGAUCUGCAAGAGCCAGUCCUUGAGCAUAAGAAAUGUGCAGUUAAAAGCAGAUAAGGAGCAACAAGCAGUGCUGGCAGUAUUUGAUGAAAACAAAAGUUGGUACUUGGAAGAUAAUAUUAAAACCUAUUGCACAGAACCCUCAAAGGUAAAGAGGGAAGACCCAGGAUUCUACAAGUCCAAUGUUAUGCACACAAUAAAUGGUCAAGUCUAUGACAGUGGAGAAUUCCUUGGAUUUUGCCACAAUGAGGUUGUCACCUGGCAUGUUUCAAGUGUCGGCGCACAGGAUGAUAUCCAAACUGCCCACUUCUAUGGCCACACCUUUGAACACAAUAAAAGAGAUGAAGAUGUGCUGAGUCUCUUCCCCAUGAGCGGGGAAACCAUUACAAUGAACAUGGACAACAUUGGCCACUGGCUUUUGGCAUCAUUAAAUUCUCACCAGAGUAACAAGGGAAUAAGGCUACGAUUCAAAGAUCUAGAAUGCCUUCUAGAUCCCGAUUAUUAUUAUGAAACCACUGAUAAUGACAAAGAUGUGGGUAUUGUGUGGGUACCUAAUGAAGAAAAUAAAGAUGAUGUAAAAGUAAAUGUCAAACCGAAUGACAUAGUCUCUUCAGAGACAGAGCUUGAUGAAAUGACAGAAAUGUGGGCCAAUCAACUUGGCUUACGCUCUUUCAAGAAUAAAACGCAAGGCCUCAUGGCAGAGGAUGAAGUUUUGGAUUUCUCCACUCUGCUAGGUGAUUAUGAGGAUGGAAACCUCACGGAAAAUGUAAGUUUAUCUGCUUCAGUGGCCCCAAGCAACAAGAGCUUUAGAGCGGAUAGCAAUGACUGCCUGCUAAAGCAGGAGGUGCUGCAUGCAAUGCAGCUGAAUGAACCACAAGAGGGACAUCUCCACGUAACAGGAUCCUCUAAAGAAGAAGCAGAUCUGUCAAGCUCUGAAAAGCGGGCCAAGACAGGGGACAAGGCAGAAGAUCUUCAAAAACUUUUACUCAAUAGCACAGCUCAGUGGUUCACAACAAAAGAAGUUCACAAUAAUGAUUCUGUUCCCUUAACUAUUAGUAACAAGACAAGGUCACAGGAAUACAGAGAUCCGUUGUUACCUCCAGUGGCAAACAACAGUUGGCAAACCUUAAACAGUGACCAAGAAAGUUUUGUGAUGGGAAGAAACAACCAGUCUGCCAGAUCUCAUGAGGAACAAGAGAAGGAAAGUGCAAGGACCAUAGAGAAUUUCACAAUGGAGAAUAUAUCACUUGAAGGAAAUAACAGUACAGCUUUGCAGGCUACAAAAUAUGCAAUACCAGAAGAUAAGGAAGCAUUUAUUUACCAUGUCCCCAUCACUAAGGAGCUAGAAAAUGACAGUUUAGUGAAAACACAGAACAGCAAUAAUGCAGAUGUUGUGUUACUGGAUAGCCACACAGCAGACAAUGUAAUAGACCACACUCUACUAGUGGAAGUGGAGGGGCAAUCAGAGAUCAGAGAGUCUGAAGUAAUUUACAACACCAGUUCUGUAAAAGAUACAGCAAUAAAUGAGACUGUACCUGGUGGAGAAGGUAAAAUGGAUGCAGACAAUGAGCAAUAUCAGAUUUUAUCAAACAGUAAAAGUGAAAAACAUUUCCAGCAGCCUGUAUCCCAUUAUAGCCACGCAGAAGGUCAAAAUGUCAGUCACCCUGUUGUCACUCAGGAGAAAGGUUAUCAUCCUGCACGUGUGAAACAGUCUUUGGAAGUCACCAGUGGUAACAACGGAGGUGGGAAUUACAGUAUUGUAUCUGAACGGAACACUACAUUUAUUUCUGCUCAAAAUGAAACAAGUAACAGGUCAAAUACAACCGAAUAUCUCCAAUUGAAGAACCAAAACUCUUCUGAAGAACAAGCUGGGAUUCUUGCUGGUAAUUUUACAGCUGCAAUAGAAGUUAAUGGAAAUAUGACAGAUAUCUCUGCGCUAGAUAAUCAAAGCAUUGAAUCCAAGGACAUGAGUUCUGAAAGCAAUGAAACUGUAUGGGUAGCCUCAGAUAGUAGUCUCAAUGCAGCCACGUUUCUUGAUUUGGUAAACCAAUCAUCUUCUCUGGCAAGCAGCCCUGGGACAGAAACAUUUACUGAGACACUAGUGGUAGAAAUUCAUGGAAAUAUGACAGUAAUUUCAAAUAACAAAUCCAAUGCUGCACUUCAAAGUCGUGAUGGUGUAAAUGAGGUACAAAUCCCUGUGUCAAAGUUCAACGACAUUUAUUCAGAGGAAAUCAGUUCAGAGAGCGAUGAAAUGGUAGAGAAAGUGGUCAUUUAUUUGAAUGACACCACCGGUAAUAAAAACAGAAUAGGCAUUGUUACCACAUCCCUGGACCCUUCAAAGAAACACUGGGAAUAUCUAGGAAAGCAUAAAACUCAUCACAAGGAAAUUCCUAGUCAUGUGAAAAAGUACAUAGAAGAUGAAAAGCACAUCAAGGCAAGUGAAUCUAAAGAACCACCGAAGCACAAGAAGAAACUGGGUGGCAUAAAGAUGAGAAGGAAAAAGAAAAAUAAUGAAAAGGACCUUUCAGCGACGGGAAAUACGUUUACAACGGAGACUGGUUUUUCACCCAGAGGACAUAGACCGGAUAGCAUCAAUCCCAGAGUAUACAAGACAGUUUCAAAUGAGAAAGAGUUGAUCGGGAAAAACAUCGUCAUAGGCGUUCCAAGGGGGGAAUUUAAUGACUAUGACCUGUUUUUGCCGGACAUGAAUGAAAAUGAAGAUCUGCACGAUUUAGAGCAAGGCAAUAGCUAUGAAUAUGUAGAAUAUAAAGACCCUUAUUUCACCACUUUUCAUAGUCAGAGUAAUAAAGAUGACAUUGCAAACUACUAUAUAAGUACGGCACAAGGAAACGUAAGAAUGUACUUCAUAGCUGCCGAAGAAGUUGAAUGGGAUUAUGCUGGGUAUAAAGGAUCAAGAAGGUUCGAGGAAAGCAGUACAGAUGAAAGGAACACACAAUUUAAAAAAGUGGUUUUCCGUAAAUACCUGGAUAGCUCCUUCUCCAUACCAGACAUUCGAGGAGAAGUCGAUGAGUUCCUUGGCAUCCUUGGCCCGCUCAUUAAAGCUGAAAUCGAUGAUAGCAUUGUGGUUGUUUUCAAAAACCUUGCUUCCAGAGAGUACUCCCUACAUGCUCAUGGUGUUUCUUUUGGAAAGUCAAUGGAAGGAAUGGGUUACGAGGAUGAUUCUCCAUAUUGGUAUAAACUUGACGAUGCUGUUCAGCCUGGUGACACUUAUACAUAUGUAUGGCAGGCAAAAGACAAGAUUGGACCUAAAUCAGAUGGCUGCAGAACCUGGGUCUACUAUUCAGGUGUAAACCCUGAGAAAGAUAUAAACUCUGGAUUGAUUGGACCUUUGUUAAUCUGCGCGAAAGGGAUGCUGAAUAGUAGCACAGUCAAUACAAGGGAAUUUGUUCUACUUUUUAUGACUUUUGAUGAAAACAAAAGCUGGUACUUUGAGGACAACAUGAGGAAGAUAAACAACAAAGUGGCAGUGACUGAUCCUAAGUUUAAAAAAAGGAACAGAUUCCAUGCCAUCAAUGGGAUCAUUUACAGCUUGAAGGGUCUCAGGAUGUACAGCAAAGAGCUUGUGAGGUGGCAUCUGAUCAACAUGGGCGGCCCCAAAGACAUCCACUGCGUUCAUUUUCAUGGUCAGACGUUCCUAGACAAGCAGAGCAAGGACUACCGCCUUGGUGUGUACCCGCUGGUUCCUGGUACAUUUGGAACCAUUGAAAUGAGGACUUCUAAACCUGGCCUGUGGCUUUUGGAGUCAGAAGUGGGUGAAUACCAACAGGCAGGAAUGCAGACACUAUUCUUGGUGUUGGAUGAAGAUUGUGGGCAUCCUUUGGGUCUUACAACACAAAGUGUCUCUGAUUUGCAUAUCACAGCAUUCAAAUAUACAGGAGAAUGGAAACCUAAAUUAGCAAGAUUACACAAUAGAGGAUAUUACAAUGCUUGGAGUGCUGAUCCAGACCCUGCAGGGUCUAACUGGAUUCAGGUGGAUUUCCAGAGACCUGUUGUAAUCAGUAAGGUGGCCACUCAGGGUGCCAAAAAGAUGUUCAGAUCUCUGUAUGUCACAGAGUACUGGGUGUCUUACAGCACAGACAGCAAGAGAUGGGUUUAUUACAAAGGGAACAGCACGUCAUUCCGAAUGACCUUUGAAGGCAACAGAGAUGCCUAUGGAAUUAAGGAAAACAUAUUUAAUCCACCGAUAAUUGGCAGAUUCAUUCGACUCUAUCCCACCUUAUUCUACGGCCAGCCAACCCUCCGCAUGGAGUUUUAUGGCUGUGAGCUGGAUGGAUGCUCUGUUCCCCUGGGAAUGGAAAAUGGAGAAAUAAAAAAUGACCAGAUAACAGCUUCUUCCUCCAAGAACAGCUGGUUUGGUGGCAUAUGGGAACCCAGACUGGCUCGUCUUGGUAAUGGAGGGUCUGUCAAUGCCUGGCAAGCCAAGGCAAACAACAUCUACCAGUGGCUGCAGGUUGCAUUACAGGAAAAGAAAAAGAUUACCGGAAUUGUUACUCAGGGUGCCAAGUCAAUGACAAACGAGAUGUAUGUAAAAACAUUUUCUAUACAAUAUAGUAAUAAUGGAAACAACUGGACACCCUACAGAGAAGAUGAGGAUUCCCCAGAUAAGAUAUUUGUGGGAAACACUGACAGUUCUGGACAUGUAAAAAACUACAUUUACCCCCCAAUAUUUGCAAGAUUCAUCCGAGUAAUGCCAAAAACUUGGAACAACAGCAUAACUCUUCGAAUUGAGAUUCUUGGAUGUGACUUUGAAUAACAAUAAACAAUAUAAAUAAGAUAUGAAUUAGGACUAUAUAUAUAUAUUUUUUUUAACUUUUGUGAAAUGUGAAAUGAUUCAGCGUUAAUAUAAUGUGGUUUCAUUUAAAAAUGAGUACAUUAAAAAAACAAUAAAUAUUGAACAGCUGUGCAAUAAAGUUGCUUAAGUUGAUUUACCUUGCAAAAAAUAAACUGGUUUCGCCAGUAUGGAACAAUAAACUGUAAUAUAUAUAUUUUUAAAGUAAAUGUAAACCUACUACUACUAGGUGUAGGAUCCUAUUGAUCUUUUGGCAAAAUCUUUGUCUAGUUUUGUUAAAACCUGUAUUUCCUGUGUAAUCAAUGUUUCCAAAGAUAUUGCUGUCCAGAGUGGCCAAUAAUUGUUUUUGUUACCUAGUAUAUACAAUUCAAACAAAAUUAAUAUGUUUGUUUUUAUUUUUCUUCUUGUUUUUUUAUUUUUUAUUAAAUCCUCAAAUUAAUUGCCUAAUAAAAAUAAAACUCAG